CGGGCUGGGAGAGUCAUGGCGACCACAGCGUCUAACCACUACAACCUGCUGAGCGCUGGCUCCUCCAUAGUGCACGCGGAGCCUGGCGGGAUGCAGCAAGCUUCUGGCUAUAGAGACGCACAGACGCUGGUACAGAGCGACUACUCACUGCAGAGCAACGGGCACCCCUUGAGCCAUGCUCACCAGUGGAUCACCGCGCUGUCCCACGGAGAUGCGGCGCCCUGGUCUACAAGCCCCCUGGGCCAGCAGGACAUCAAGCCCACAGUGCAGCCCAGCAGGGACGAGCUGCACGGAGCGGGCACUUUACAGCACCAGGGAAGAGCACCUCAUCUAGUCCACCCUGGGCACGGGAACCACCACGGGGCAGGGGCAUGGAGGACCACCACCUCCGCCCACCUACCCAGCAUGGCAAACUCCAAUGGGCAGGGACUCAUCUACUCACAGCCUAGCUUCUCGGUCAAUGGGAUGAUCAACCCGGCUUCCGGGCAAAGUAUGCAUCACCACAGCCUAAGGGAUGCCCAUGAGGAGCACCACGGGGACCACGGACACCAACAGCAGCCUCAGCAGCAACAGCACUCCCAGCACCAAGGCCACCACGACCAUUCAGACGAAGACACCCCAACUUCCGAUGAUCUGGAGCAGUUUGCCAAGCAGUUCAAACAGAGAAGGAUCAAACUUGGAUUUACCCAAGCUGAUGUGGGACUAGCCCUGGGCACCUUGUAUGGCAAUGUCUUCUCCCAGACCACCAUCUGCAGGUUCGAGGCCCUGCAGCUUAGCUUUAAGAACAUGUGCAAGCUCAAGCCUUUGUUAAACAAGUGGCUGGAAGAGGCGGACUCGUCCUCUGGUAGCCCCACUAGUAUAGACAAGAUAGCAGCUCAGGGCAGGAAAAGGAAAAAGAGGACCUCUAUUGAGGUCAGUGUAAAGGGGGCUUUGGAGAGCCAUUUCCUCAAAUGCCCCAAGCCAUCUGCCCAGGAGAUCACCUCACUUGCGGACAGUCUACAGUUAGAGAAAGAGGUGGUCAGAGUUUGGUUUUGUAACAGGAGACAGAAAGAGAAAAGGAUGACACCACCAGGAGGGACACUCUCAGGGGCAGAGGAUGUAUAUGGGGCCAGCAGAGACACACCACCACACCACGGGGUUCAGACUCCUGUACAAUGAACCCUCAAUGACCCUUCAUCUAUAACUUUUGAUUGUCUUUUUUA